AUGUCAUUAACAAAGAAAUCUAGAAAACCAGUUGACGGUGCAUUCAGACAACAGCAAUUACCCGCUUGGCAACCAGUAUUGACACCUAAAUCAGUCUUGCCAACAUUUUUUAUCGUAGGCGUCCUUUUUUUGCCUAUUGGAGGACUGCUGUAUUGGUCAAGCACAAAGGUGAAUGAGAUUAUGAUUAAUUAUACAUUUUGUGAUAAAUAUACACAGCCUAUUUAUCUGCAUCCAAGCCUUUAUAAAUCACGGUUCAGCCAGGAUCAUGUGGGGGAGGCACCUGCUUUUUAUUACGAAAAUGUCACUCAAUUUUUAGAUACAACUUGGGGAAACCCUAAUAAUUUGACAAUCAAGCGGUGUACGAUUGAUUUUACUGUACCUGAAACUAUGCAAGGCCCCAUAUUCAUGUUUUAUAGGCUCACCAACUUCAAUCAAAACCGUCGACAAUAUAUAAAGAGCUAUGACCCAGGACAACUAGCAGGACAAAUCGUCGACCCAGCUACUCUAAACUCAAAUUGUGGACCGUUGGCAAUAAAUGAAAACAACUUGAUCUAUUAUCCUUGCGGUCUAAUAGCUAAUUCGAUGUUUAAUGAUACAGCAUCUGAUCUUCAGUCAGUCACACAGCCAUCUAUAUUCUACAGGUUUCAAAGAACAAACAUUGCUUGGCCCAGCGACAAGCAAAAAUAUCAUCCUACGACUUAUUCAAUAUCUUCCAUUGUUCCACCCAUCAACUGGGCUAAUCGAUACCCUAAUGGCACAUAUACCCAAGAUUACCCACCUCCUGAUUUAUCCAACAUGGAACGAUUGAUGAUAUGGAUGCAUGUGGCAGCUCUACCUGAUUUCAGAAAGCUUUGGGCAAGGAAUGAUCGAGAAAGCUUAGCGAGUGAUCGCUGGCGAAUACAAAUAGACUUGAAUUUUGAUACAACUCCUUAUGGAGGAACUAAAUGGUUAGUGAUAUCAACUACCUCACCAUUAGGCGGCAAGAACCCAUUUUUAGGAAUCAUUUAUAUGACAGUCGGGGGGAUCAUUCUCCUCUUGGGUAUACUUUUUACUCUUCGUCAUUAUCUUCGACCAAGAAAACUGGCUGAUGAAUCAUUUCUAUAUGGAAACCAAGGAAAGAUUAAUAAUAAACGUAGGAAAGAAAAGUAG